AUGACAACUAGUGACUUCAAAGUGAUCGUAGUUGGCGGCGGCCCCGUGGGAUUAAUCGCUGCACACGCUCUCUACAAAGCGGGCAUAGACUUUGUCGUCCUCGAAGGCAACAACACAGUCACCGUCGAUGUCGGAGCUUGUUUGGCUCUAUUGCCGCCCGGCUUGCGAAUCCUUCACCAGCUUGGCUUGUUGAACGAGCUGCGAGGCCUUGCCUCAGAAGUGAUCCUCCGGCAUACUUUCACACGAGACGGCUACCGAUUUAAGGCCUAUAAUGUAUUCGAUGAGUGCAAAAGAAACUUCGGCACCCGUCCGCUCGUCUUCCACAGGGCAGAGCUUGUGCAGUCUCUGUACGAUCAAUUACCCGCAGAAGUCAAGCCCAAAGUCCUACUAGGCAAAAAGGUCACCGAUAUCCAGUCGCAGGAGAACAUAGUCAAAGUCUUUUGCGACGACGGCAGCCAAUAUGAGGGAAGCAUGGCCAUUGGCGCAGACGGCGUGCACAGCAGAACUCGCCAUAUCAUGAGAAGACUCGCACUAGAGACAAGGCCCAGUGCCACAUGGGAUCCAGAAACACCAUUUACAACGUCGUACAGAUGUAUGUGGGCGAGUUUCAAGAGGCCAAUCGAACCAGGGGCAGCUUUUGAGACGCAGAGCAAGGACAAGUCCAUCAUGUUCGUGACCGGCAACGAGCGUGGCUGGAUAUUCUUGUACGAAAAGCUUCCGCAGCCGACAACUGCGCGGACGACCUACAGCGACAAGGACCUCGAAGCCAUGGCGGACAGAUUUGCCGACUAUCCCAUCACGGACAGCCUCAGGGUGAAGGACGUCUUGGCCGAGAGAAUGACGGCCGGCAUGUCGGAUCUGCAGGAGGGCACCUGCAACAACUGGGGCUGGGGCCGGAUCGCCCUCGUGGGAGACUCCAUACACAAAGUCUGUCCCAACGCGGGAGUGGGCUACCAGAGCGGAAUCCAAGAUGUUGUGUCGCUGGUCAACAACUUACGACGAUUGGUUGCUUCUUCGGGCGCCUCGAAGAACCCCAGCGUCUCUGACCUGGAGGCCAUGUAUAAGACUCAUCAAGCUGAGCGAUGGGAUGACCUGGCCUUUGAUGCCUCUCUAUCUGCUCACACGGCACGAAUACAGGCCUGGGGAAACUGGUGGUACUAUAUCCUGGGCCGCUUCUUGACGGUUCCGAAUUUUGCGGACUACAUCAUGACCAAUAUGGUGCAGACGCCGGUCUGGAGGAAACGGUUGGCCUUUGACUUUUUGGAUGCAGAUGAGCCGUUUACUGGACGAGUCGCCUGGCUGCAUCCGCUCAAGGACAGUUCUCCAAAGUAA